CGUACAGUCAUGACAACAGGUUUCUAUAAAAGCGUUGUCUUGUUUGAGCCAAACAUCUUUUCUUUUCUAAAUCUGACAUUUGAGUGACACUGUCAACUUGCUUUGCUCAGGCUCAUCCUGUGACUUGACCAGUUUUCAGAUGGAUUUCUACACCAGCAACAGACGUGCCACACUUGCUCUUCUGGAGAUGGUCGAUUUCAUCGAUGAUCUGAUGGAUGCUCUGCUCGAUGAUCGGAUGGGUGUUCAGACCGAAGCUCUGAUCCAUGCUCUGAUCCAUGCUGGGCUCAAUGUUCUGGGCAAUGUUUGGAUCGGUUUUGGGAAACCUGCUCUGAUCGAUGAUCUGAUCGUUGCUCUGAUCAAUUUUCAGACGGAUGAUCUGAUGCAUACUCUGAUUGAAGCUCUGAUCAAUUUUCGUAUUGAAGCUUCGAUCUGUGCUGCUCCGAUCUAUACUUUCCCCACUCUGCGCUCAACGUUCCUUUGUAUCUUCGAUCAGCCACCCAAAAAUACUCUUCAGCUCUUCUUCUCCGCCAUGCCAUCUGAUCCAGGCCAGAAGCAAUGGGUAGACAAGGGCAGAUGCUUGGUGCGACCACAAAAAGACCAAAUUGCUACUACUCCUCCUCCGGAUGUGUGGUUUUCAGCCUCCCCUUGGGGCGAGGGCUAUAACAAGGACCAGGACCAGGACUAUAACCAGGACCAGGACUAUAACAAGGACCAGGACCAGGACUAUAACAAGGACCAGGACCAAGGUAGCGGAUGGAGAACACAUGGACCAUAUGGAGACCUAUGUGCCAUCGCUGCCCUCCUGUUUCUUGGUUGUCAGUAGUUAACAUAGCCACACAAAGUCAAAACUGGCUAAAAUGUAAACAUUUAUAAAGACAAAAAUGUGCUUUUUGGUCUUAAUUUAAAGUUAGGGUUAGGCAUAAGGUUAUCAGUGUGGUUAAGGUUAGGGUUAAAAUCACAUUUUAAGAAGAUAAACUGUAGAAAUAGGUGGGGUUUUGACUUUGUGGCUGUGGUAACUGGUGACGAGCGAUAGCACCAACCCCCAAGGGAGAUUAGCUGACGUCAUGGAGUCAACUAAUGGGUAUCUUAAUAAAAAGUUCACUCUGUUGUCUUUUUCGCUCUCUCCAUAUAUUUUUCUGUGGUUCUCUCUCUUGCGGAUUACCUUCAUUUUGAUGUGAGGUGAAGCGAUGAAGACUGAUAAAAGAGUCUACGUUUACUCCCCUUCAUGCAUCCAAGACUUAACAAGCGCCCACUUACUAACAUUACACAAUUCAGCUUUGCUUUGACAUCCGCUAUCAGAUCCAUGAAGGGGAGUGAACAGGGACAGGAGAGAACAUCUUCCUGGAAUGAAACAGGUUGAGUUUAAAGUGUGACCAUGUUAUUUUGUAAAUAUAUUGUAUAGAGUAUUGUAGUUCAGAAUAUCUCUACUCCUGUCAGGUCAGUCUAUUUUUGAUUGCUACUGGUGACCCUGUAACCCGGUACUAUCCUGUGUCAGUAAUUUGAGAUAUAUAUGGUUAAAUUAAAAAAGAUUUGUAAUAUUGAUAUUGUGCGUGACAGAAAAAUGUCCUUUAGAGUGGAACUUGAGGCAGCAGAUGUUUCUGACUCUGAGCAGGCGCCAAAGAUUUUGUACAAACUCAAACGUAGGAAAAGCAUGGAUGAGCCUAUAUUUUUUAGCUCAGAAACAGAGAUCUACAUAAGUAAAGAUGCAGAUUAUCAGACAUUGAGAGUUAAAAACAAUGGCAUAGACUCUUCUCAACGCAAACGUAGGAAUAGCUUAAAUAUUCCACCAGAUUUUUGAGCAGUGCUGUAACAUGCACACUGCAACAUAUACAUGCUUUAUGUAUACUUCCGAGAUACAUAGUCACACUUUAAACCAAGUAUACUGUAUCUAAUAAAGCCUUCAUGACACCUUCAUAAUGUCCUACAUAGAGGCUACACAAAUCAUUUGAAAUCAAAUGUCAUGCUGCAAGAAAAGGUGAUGUAACAGGUCCUUUGUUAUAGUCCCUCCCCAAAUGUAUAACCCCAAAAAGGUUGAGACAACAUGUUCUAAGUCGCCGAUGAUGCAAAUGUUACAUCAGGUCUUAGGCCUGAAAGAGACCGUUGUUUUAGUCUAUUUCUGACUCACCUAGGGUGUUUUUAAGUAUAUUAGCUUAAAGGGCAUCUCCAACACUUUUUAACCUCAUUCUCAUUAUGUCCAGCACAAUACCAGUGUCAACAUAUGUGAAAAUGGCACAUUUGUGUGUUUUGUAGAAAAAUGAUUUAAAAAGACAUCAAAAGUUGAAACAUUUAAAAAUCUGUGAUUUUCAAGGUAACCUGGGAAGCAAGAUAAUACUCUCCCUUGGGCUAGAAACUUGUUGAAGAUUUUGAAAAUCACUUUUAAUCCUAACCUCUGCAUUUUUAAGGACCUUGUCUUUUAAACCACAGAUCAUAGAAAUGCCCUGUUUUCACAUAUUUAGACACUGUUUUUUCUUGGAGUUGAUGAACAUAAGGUUGAGAAAUAGCAGAAUUGCUCUUUAACAUUGUUCAGAAAAUCCUGGAAUGCAUUGAAAAUGUAUCAUUCAAAAGCACAUUGCUUUUGAACCAGCUAACAAAUUGUUAAUUGUUUAGAUGAAUCAACAACACCCUAGAUAAGUAAGAACUGUCCCUUCAACAGAUUAUUUAUAUAUUUUUAAAUAUAUUUAUAUUUGUUUGAUGUAAUUUGCAUGUAUAUAUGGUUUACUUGAAUUCAAGUGACUGUCAGAUCACAAUUAACAUUGCAUGGAGCAUGAGUUAUACACGAAGGAGGUAGACAGAAGGACGGCAUACUAACCAUUUCCUCUUCAUUGCUCUGUAGAAAAUGUGCCCUACAUCAAAAACUGUUUGUCACCCUUGAUAGAGUAUAAGGUUAAACUACUGUCAUACUAACAUCGAUUAUUGCUCCUAUGUUUUAAAUGUAUAUAUCUUUUGUAUUUGUAAUGUUAAUAAAAAUCUGCUAUUUUA